CUCUCCCCCUUUUCUUCCCACAGUUACCUCUGCCCAGCACCCCCGCUGCCCUCCGGACUAGGCUGCCGCCGGUGAGUACUUAGCCCCCUCUGUCUCUUUUUCUCUCGCCACCUCUGUGUUUCCCGUCGCCGAUUGCAACACCACCCAUGCCGGUAAGUCCUCCACCCGUAUCUCUCGUGCGCUCAUUCUCUCUCUCUCUGCACCGCCGCGUGGCAGCGCUCCCUCUCCACAAGCCGCUGCUGCUCCUCGCAUGUUAGGAUAAACCGUUUGACUAGUGGAGGCCACCAGAGCUAGCAGCACCGCCUCAGACCACCACGAAUCAUCUCUAGGCGGCGUCGCGUCGCGUCGCUCUUGAAUUCGACUGACUACUGCUCUGAGACUGGUUGCUUGAUUUUGGAGAAGAGCAGGAACAUGAUGAUUGCCUGUGGUGUAAAUUCAUUUUGCUGCCGGUUCUCCUCAUUAGGAAUAAGUCAGGUUGAGAAAGCUGAGGUGGAGCUGUUGCUGAGGUCCAGACUCUCAAAGUGCACGAUUUCCUUCCUUCAAAAUGCAACAAGGUCUACUAUCUUCACUGCAAAGGCACUGAAUGUUCCCCAUGUGAAAUGCUUACUCAAUCAUGGUGGAGAACUGCUAGCUAAUUCCAAAGCUGUUGGGAAGAAAACAAUAAAGCAUGGAAAGAGAGAGCACCACUUGUGGAAGAAAAGAGAUUGGGCUGGGUCUGGGCAGAAGGCACUUGGUCUUGUUAGAACUCUUUAUGGACUUCCUAAAGAGAAAGAAGCUGUUUAUGGAGCAUUAGAUAAAUGGAUUGCGUGGGAGACAGAAUUCCCACUGGUUGCAGCAGCUAAGGCUUUACGAAUCUUGAGGAAGAGGAAUCAAUGGAAGCUUGUAAUUCAACUGGCCAAGUGGAUGUUAAGCAAAGGUCAAGGAGCAACAAUGGGAACAUAUGACACCCUUCUACUGGCAUUUGAUAUGGAUCAGAGAGUAGAUGAGGCUGAAUCAUUGUGGAACAUGAUUUUGCAUGUACAUACACGUUCGAUCUCAAAGCAAUUGUUUUCUAGGAUGAUCUCUUUGUAUGAUCAUCACAGCUUGCAAGAUAAGAUAAUAGAGAUUUUUGCAGACAUGGAGGAGUUGAGUGUAAAACCAGAUCAAGAUACUGUCAGAAGAGUGGCACAUGCCUUUGAGAAACUCGGUCAAGAAGAUAAGAAGAAAUUGGUUCUCAAAAGAUACAAAUCUAAAUGGAAGUAUAUCCACUUCAAAGGGGAAAGGGUCAGAGUGAGAACGGAUGUGUGGGAUGAAGAUGAGGCAUGAGUCUAUUGAAGCGGAACCUUUCGGGAUUAAGGCCCACAUCAUUGGCUUUCCGUGUUAAACCUUGCUAAUUAGAGGAGCACCAUUCAAGAUUUUAUGGAUCUUGCAGCUAGACCGGUAAUAUCCGCUUGAACUUUCCUUUAGGGUCCAAAGUGACGACUUAUGGGUGGACUUUUGUCUGCAUCCAAAUCUGGAGUGACCUGUUGAUGGAAAUAUGUACAGAUAAAUGGCAAGAUCCCCUGUAAUUACAAACAAAGGAUAGUUUUGCUGUUGUAACAAUAUAGAAGGAUUUCAUAUUUAUCUGUUUCCAUAGGAUUAAUGUCUUGUAACCUUAAUCAAUUUGAAGUAGAGAAGAUCCAAUUUUAUUGGAUUUUUUGGGGAA